AUGAAGCUUCGAUCUGCUUUGCGAGGGCAGUUUAUAUUAGAGCUGAACGAACUCGAUUUGGAGGAAAUUCAACGCACUUUUGACGAUGACGAAGACGACGACACGGAGGAGACUGGACACGAUAGCUCUGCUGCCUUAGGAGCGACUAAGAAGGAGCUAUCCGGUGCUAUUCGUGCCGCUACUAUCGACAAUUUUCAAGGGGAAGAAACCACCGGCUGUUUUUUGUGGGCGAGUCCGGUGCGUAGCCACACGAAACAUGGAUUGAUCCUUGUGGGUCAUGGCGAGUUGCUACGUGCAAAGUCUCCACUGUGGCAAAAAGUGCUCGACCAACUGCAAAGCGAUGGCUGCUAUGGCAAAGGGCUGCCCUUACACUGCCAACAACACCCAGACUACCAACGUAUCGCGGCGAACCCGUCCUCAUUUGCUUUGCUAGCCCCCGAUGGAGGCUGUUUACGUCCUUGUGGAAGAAGAUUACCACGUUGUGGACACGCGUGUCCGAAGUUAUGUCACGUGGAUCAACCGUCUCACAGAGCUGUCUACUGCACACAGCCAUGUCCACGACUCCAAGAAGGUUGCGGACACGUGUGUCCUGGCGUCUGCGGUGACGCAUGUGGACGAUGCGAAGUGCUGGUGGGCUCGAUUGCUCUUCCUUGUGGCCACACUUACAGGAACGCGCGGUGCUUUGAGGCCAAGAUGCCCUCAAAGCUGAAGUGCAAAGCUCCCCGAAUGCUGCCGUGCUGCCACAGAUGUCGAGGAAUUUGCCAUGGAGCAGCGCUCUGCCCACCAUGUCAAGGUAUAUGUGACGUGUUCAGCUGCGAACAUGGGUCUUGCAAUCAUCCGUGCAGUGAUCCGUGUGCUGCAUGUACUGAACGGUGCAGUUGGAGCUGCAAGCACAGUGGAGAAUGCUCUCUACCCUGUGGCGCUCCAUGCAACCGGCGUCUAUGCGAUCUUCGAUGCACGAAGGCGCUCACAUGUGGUCACCAGUGUCCAAGUGUCUGCGGAGAAGACUGCCCUUCACGCGAGUUUUGUCAUAUCUGUGGGGAUGACGACGUGAAACAACGUGUGGCUGACGUGAUUCUCUUCCAGACAUAUGGAGAAAUUGAUCCGUCAGAAGACCCUGUUCUGGUCCUUCCGUGCUGUUCAAUGGUCUACACGAUGGCUACACUUGAUGGCACACUUGAAAUGAGCACGUACUACGACAGCAAUGGGAAACCUGUUGGUCCGCUUCCUAGGGGGUAUAUCGAUACACCUCAGUGUCCGAACUGUAAGAAGCCGAUCCGUGGACUCCGUCGCUAUGGUCGCGUAACCAAAAGAGCCGCGAUCGAUGCCGCUGAAAAGAAUUUUAUUACUCACUCUCUGCGUCAGAUUAAGUCACUUCAAGAGCGUGCAAACGCAGUGAUUGAGACUGGAGAUCUGACUCGCGAUAAAACGUUGCGGCACGACCUUCGUAUGUUUGGCGCAGCCGUGGCAAGACCACCCUGUCAGAAAGCAUUUGAGGCGUGUGUGGCUCUGCUGACGAAGGCCAGAGGAGGCCAAGGUGGUGGAGAUGUGACCAUUGAUCUGAGUAUGCUUCCCGUACCCAACUCAAAGUUUCCGUAUCGUGGAUUCUUCUUCCAUCUCUCUGCGCAGCUCUCACAGUUAUCUACUGUUUGA